AUGCAUAAGUAUUCAAGCCAAAGGAAGGUCUCUCCUCCGGGACCGUCCUUCAUGUCCAAUGAUCAAGUCGCAACAUACUUGAAGGACCUACGCGCAAACCGUCCUGCCCGUCCGACAGGAUCCCGCCCUUAUCCAGGUAGAUCAGCCGUAUCAACAACCAAUCUGCCCGACAACCUUCCUCCAAGGGCAUCCUCCGCAUUUUCCAUGCACGGACCAGUUGAAGAUGAAAUCGACGAUCAUCCACGGUCAGGCAGCGCCAUGUCCCAUCGACGGACGAAUUCCUAUGCGCCCGGCGGAGGUGGAGUAGGCCGUCCUUUAGCCCAGGAACCACGCACGCACUCAAUCCGAAAGAACACAUACCCGACACAAAUCCACUCGCGCGUAAUACCAAUCCCAGCAUCUCCGGUCCCGUCAUAUCGGGAGGGCGGUCAACGACGACAAGAAAAGGAAGAGGCACGGGCACUACGGGAGGCAUUGCAGAGAAUGGAUGUACAAGACGACGUCGACCUUCAUCGGGCAGCCCAAGAUGAGGCAACAGAGCUUGUUUGGAUGCACCAAAACCCUGGGAAACAGUUCAAGAAUCCUUAUGCCCCAUACUACAAUCCUGACGCCAACGCGGCCAGUCAAAACCGUGUCGGCAAAGGAUCUGGCUCACUAACUAAUAAAUCGGAUAAGUCGCCAGGCUCGAGUAUCUCCUCCGAUGGUAAUUCCAGCCCCGAGUCAUUGCGAAAGCGAUCAUCUCUGGCUGGAUCUACAAAGAAGAACCUCAAAGUCAAUUUCAAGCUACCUGACGAAGAGCCCGAGCGCCCUGCUGGUCCCAGGACGCGCACCGUCAGUGACGAUUCCUCCAAAGGGAUUUUCAGAAACCCCAACGACAAGAUCUAUGAAGAAACAACCGAUGUCCAGAAGCAACACGAUGAAAAGCCUGCUUUUUCCAAGUCUGACCCGUCAGCCUUGAAAAACAAGCCGCGUAACGCUUUGGGGCGCGUUCCUAGGCCGCUGCCUUGGUUGCAGAAUAGAGCUCAAAGUACCCCUAUCACAGACAAGAUAUCGCGAUUUGAGACCCAGAACGACCCACCCACUCAGCCACGCAAUGCCGGCUCUACACGACAUGAAAGCGCGACUCCCCCUCCCUCUCAGUCACACAAUGCUGGCUAUACUCGAAACGAGGGUGCAUCUCCCACUCCCCCGCCAUCCGAGCAGAAGGACGAAGCCUUCCCUCCCAAUGAGGCAAGAGAGAGACGGGGUGACGAUAUCCGUGCAGCUACCAGUAAAAGACGAUCAGACCGCAGUGAAAAACUUCCAAUGCCUUCAGCUGUCAGUGAUCGAGCCGGACGCCCAAUUGUGAGCUUCGACAAAACAUGGAAACCAAGUGAUCAACCCAAGCCUGAACGUCCAAGCCUACCUGUCAUUGAAGUGGCAGCACCGACCAUCGAAGUCUCAGCCCCGUCAAUUGAAGUCUCCGAGGCUGCUCCCAUCCCCGUGAUCAAUGUCCCAGAUAUCAAAGUGCCAACUAUUUCCGAGAUCGAGACAGCUUCCAAGCAGACCAACCAAUCAGUGCCCCAGCCAACAAGAAGCAGCCCAACCAAGCAGAACUUCCCGAAACCGCAAGGAUCCGAAUCGCAGAACCGUUGGCACACUCCCUACACACGAUCUGGUGUCCCGACUGCAAGUUGUGAACUAUGCUCGCUUCCAAUCUCCGGGAAAAUUGUCACAGCUGGCGGAUGCCGAUUCCACCCGGAGUGUUUCACCUGUUUCCACUGCCACACAGCUCUCGAAUGUGUGGCUUUCUACCAGGAGCCGGAGUCCAGCAGAAAUGAGAGACUGGCAACGGAAGUCGAUGACCACGAUGCCCGGGUACCACGGUUUUACUGCCACCUGGACUUCCAUGAGAUGUUUAGCCCCCGCUGCAAGAGUUGCAAGACCCCCAUUGAAGGAGAAGUGGUGGUUGCAUGUGGUGCCGAAUGGCAUGUCGGCCACUUCUUCUGCGCAGAAUGCGGUGAUCCUUUCGAUUCCCAAACUCCAUUUGUUGAGAAAGAUGGCUUCGCCUGGUGUUUGCACUGCCAUUCGCGCCGCACGGCACCACGCUGCCUAGGCUGCAAACAGCAUAUCUUGGAUGAUGUUGUCACCACUGCAAUUGGCGGCCAGUGGCACGAGCGUUGCUUCAACUGCCACGAGUGCGGCGAGGGGUUCGGUCCCGAGGGCCGCUUCUUCGUUCGUGAAGGUGAGCCAAAGCGGACAGCUAAAGGUCGCAUCAUUGGCGGUCCUGUCCAAUUGGCCAUUUGUGAGAGAUGUGAAGGUAUCCGUCUGAAGGCGCCUGGGAUGUGCUAG